AUGUCGAACCUCCAAGUGCCCGGCGGGCAAGGGCAGCGCAACGUGAGAGCUGUCUCAAACCCUUUGCCCGGACUUGCAUCACUCAACUUCAACAAUCCCGGAAGUGGUACACAGCAAAGCUACGAGGCGGCUCAAGCCGCUCGCGAAAAUGCCAUUAUCGAGGAAAUCGAGCAAGAAGGCGUGGUGCCUGACGUCAAUAUGAUCGAGCGAGAGAUCCUCAGGCCAAGGUCGAGAAUCAACAAGAGAGCCAGAGCCGAUUCUACUGCCCACAAGAUAUUCUCUGAUCGCGCCGUAGCUCCUCGCGACCCUGCUUCUGGCAGCAGUAACGUCAAUACCCUCAAUCUCGGCCUUCACGUCUACCCAAGCAACAUCGAGCAGGAUGACGUGGUCAAUACCCUCUGGGAAGGGUUCGCUAACGAAGGUGGCUUGAACGGACUAGACCACCGACAGGUCGCUCUUCUUUAUCGCCACUGGCAUCAGCGUGCCCUGGCCAUCAAUGAGUCUGCCCAAGGAUGGAAAGCUCUCAAUGAGGAGGAGGAGCCUUCACCGGAGGUAGCGACGACGCCUAGCGCGAGCACCUUUGACCUCUUCGGCUCCUUGAUGACCGACUUUGAGCUUCUUCUUGAGGUCUGCAAGCAUCUGCGCCCCAUUGACAUCAUCAAUCUCUACAGCGUGUCGAAAUCCCUCCACGACCUUGUCAACGCAAACCUCCAGAGCACCAUUCUUCUCUGGACGGACCACAUGGCGCCGUCCUCGGCUCGCAUCUUUUGCCACCAACUCUACUACCAGUAUUUCAUCGACGAUCCCUCCGGCCGAGAUCCCCAUACUCACCGCGACAUACGGUAUUUCAACACCGAGGCUCCCAACCGAGCUGUAGAGCAGCUCGCGGCUCUCGUCGUCUUUGCCGUCCUCCUCUCCCUCGCCAUCGUCUCAAUCCCCGUAUGGAUCUUUGUUAACAACUUUGUCAUUGGCGUCAAGACGGAUGGCCUGGCCUUGUCCGCCUCUCUCAAGGCCUCUCGCAUCUCUUCCGAGAUCGAUCUAAUCCAGACAGCAUGCAUCACCAUCUCUACACGACUGCUGCUCCAGAAGGCCUUUGAGAACUUCUACACCAAUGACUUUUUCAAAAACCAGACGGCAGACGUCUGGAAUCAGGCUCGCGAGGAUCUGGCCAGCGCGCUUUCCACCAGCAAUGUGUCGGGUCUAUUGCAAGCAAGAUUAUACAGUCGCAACACGACGGGCGACGCAAGUGGCCUUCUCAACAUUACCGGCCAAGCUGCCGUAUCCCACCCAGUCUAUCUACCUUACAAAUCCCCAACCGGUGAGGCCAUCAAACUUGGCGAUUCCGAAUAUGGCUUCCCCCCUAUGCUCUAUCCGAAUAUCACAUACGAGAACAAGAAGAAGCCGAGCCCUUACAGAGACAACACCAGCCACGAAGGGAACGGAAUUCUCCUGGGACCGCUUGUAGUCAACGAGUCGUACGCCCUUGUCUCCAUCACGGUCCCUGUUCGAGAGAAUCAAUCUAGCAAAUUCAUUCUUGGUUACAUGACUGUGGUCGCCAGCGCGAGGCAGCUCGUUCAAGUCCAGCAGUCUAGUGAAGGUCUGGGCGAGACUGGCAUUGCCCUCUUCAUCGGCCCCGUCAAUCCCUGGAACCACUUCAACGCCAACAUGCCUGCGAGCAACCAGUCCUACGUCCCACCCCGUGAUGAGUUCGCGAGGACGAACCAGGUCCACUUCCUGUUCCCACCCGCUCCCAACCCGGGCCAAGAAGACCGCCACAGCGAACACAGCUUCGAGUCGGGUGCUUAUGAUGCUCCCUUUGAUCUGACCACGUACGAGGCGGUGCUGGAUCUUUUUGUCGAUAGAAGCACCGAGACCAACUACGCCAUGAGCAAGAUCUCGACCAGGAACGAGCAGGGCAAGAAGGUGGCGAUUGGUGCUGCUCGGCCACAGACCUCCCUGAUUUCCUGGGCAGUGGUUGUGGAACAGGACAAGCGAGAGGCGACGGAACCGAUCCGUACGUUGAGGAACAUACUCCUGGGUUGCGUGUUUGGUACCGCGGGGCUUGUCCUACUGCUCACCAUCCCCUGUGCUCACCUGAGCGUCAUGCCGAUUCGCCGGUUGAAGGAGGCCACCGAGAAAUCGAUUGCACCACCGGGCUACGAAGACUUGUUUGAUUCCGACUUUGAUGAGGAGAACCCUAGCUCGGGCGGCACCACAUCGGGAAGGUCCGAGAAGAGUUGGCUCAAGACGUUGAAACGGAGGAUGCGCAAGUCGAAGAGGGCGAGAAUGAGAGCUGCCGCUGCACAGGAUCCGCAUCGCCAUGCUUUCAAGAUUCCCGCCAAGGUCGAGGAUCAUAAGCAUUACAUCACGGACGAGCUGACCGAGCUCACGCAAACUUUCAACGAGAUGACGGAUGAGUUGUUGAAGCAGUACACUUCGUUGGACGAGAAGGUGGCCGAACGAACAAGAGAACUCGAACUCAGCAAGAAGGCCGCUGAAGCUGCUAACGAGAGCAAGACGCUGUUUAUUGCCAACAUCUCCCACGAGCUCAAGACCCCUCUAAACGGCAUCAUGGGCAUGUGCGCUGUCUUGAUGGAAGAAGACGAUGUUCUUCGCAUCAAGCAGUCGCUCAAGACCAUUUACAAGUCAGGCGAUCUUCUGCUGCACUUGCUCGAGGAUCUUCUCAGUUUCUCCAAGAACCAAAUCGGCCAGCAAGUCAGCCUGGAACAAAGAGAGUUCAGACUUGGUGAGAUAAGAUCCCAAAUGCUGGCUAUCUUUGACAAGCAGGUCCGCGAAAACAAGAUCACCUUCACCGUCAGCUUUGUCGGCACCGACAUUCUCGAGAGCAGCCCCGAGCGACGCACCAGCAUUGAGAAGAGACUUCCCGCACUUGGACCCCCUGGUGUCGGCCGUCUCAAGGACAUGUGUCUCUGGGGUGACCAGCAUCGUAUUCUCCAAGUCAUCAUCAACCUGGUCAGCAACAGCCUCAAGUUCACGCCGGCGGGAGGCAGGGUUGAGUUGAGAAUACGCUGCGUCGGUGAGAUUGAGCAACCGCAAGACGAGAGUAGGACAUCGUCGUUCUCCAAGAACUCGCACCGUCCAGGUCGGUCUCGCCAUAGGGUAGGUUCGGGAUCCAGGAACUCGCAAUCUUCAACGGGGGCGCCACACUCGCCUAAUCAGAACCAGGGCAGUGGCACGGCUCUUUCAAUCAACCCCAUGGACCCCAAGUCGACGCCCCAUGUCCAGAUCAGGGAAAGGUCACCGACACCACCACCGCCGAAUGCCAAGUCAUUCAUGUUCGAGUUUGAGGUUGAGGAUACUGGCCCGGGUAUUGCGGAGCAUAUGCAACAGAAGAUCUUCGAGCCCUUCGUUCAGGGUGAUCUCGGUCUGAGCAAGAAGUUUGGCGGUACUGGUCUGGGCCUAAGUAUCUGCUCUCAGUUGGCCACCAUUAUGGGAGGGACGAUUGGGCUUAAGAGUACUAUUGGCGUUGGAACGACGUUUACGAUGAGGAUACCGUUGAAAUAUGUUCGGGAUCGCGCCUCAUCAACCGCCUCCAGCUCCUUAGCCUCCCGCCCACCGUCCGUCGGCUCCCUCGACGGCGAAACCAUUCGCAACCCUCUCCCCAAACAAUCCACCGUUGACAUGCACCACGGUCACGGCCACGGCCACUCCCACAGCCAUUCCCACGGGCACAACCAACACUCAGCCGCCCCACCAGCCGCCGCCUCCGUUCUCGACACCCAACCCCGUCUCGUCGGCCUCUCGCAACCCUUCUUUGCCACGACGCCCAAACAACCACCAACCACGACUACCGCCUCAGGUGACGUCGACGACAAAAUGGCCGCCCUCGACCGCGCCAUGGCUGCCAAACAACUCCAAUCCAGUUCCUCCACCUCCUCCGGCCCGGGAAAGCUCCGCGUCCUCGUAGCCGACGACAACAGCACCAACGUGGAGGUCGUCUCCCGCCUUUUGAAGUUAGAAGACGUCUACGACGUGACCAUCGCCAAAGACGGGCAAGAAGCCUACGACCUCGUCAAAGCCAACAUGGAGCACAACCUGCAGUUCGACGUGAUUUUCAUGGACAUCCAGAUGCCGAACCUGGACGGGUUGCAGUCGACGAGGCUGAUCAGGAAAAUGGGAUAUAGUGCGCCUAUUGUCGCGUUGACGGCGUUCAGCGAGGAGUCGAAUGUGAGGGAGUGCAUGGAGAGCGGCAUGGACGAGUUUUUGAGUAAACCGAUUCGAAGGCCGGCGCUGAAGCAGGUGCUCAAGAAGUUUGCGACCAUUUAUGAGGAGCAAGGGGAGACGGAGACCGUGCCGAGUGUUACGGAUGGGAGUUUGAAGGGUGAUUCUAGUACGGAAAAGAAGAAGGAUGACAAAAAGGAAGAAAAAAAGGAUAAGAAAGAGGGGAGAGAGUGGAAGGGUCAGAAGGAUGGCAAGGGCGAUGGAGCGCUGCUGGUCAACGGGACGACUACCCCGAAAACGGCGAGUAGUACUACCGUUGGUGGUGGAACGGCGGCGACGAAUGGGUCGACUACUACGGCGACGACGACGACGACUGGGACUGGGACUACUGGGGCCAACAUGACGAAUUGGGCGCCGACGAGACCCAAACCGGUGGACGCUUACUCUGAUGAACCGUCGCCGAAGAGUCAGCCGAGGAGUAAUGGGACGACGUCUACUACUAGGGGGGAUUAUCUCAGGGGCGGGAGGUAA